GGAAUAAUGACAAGGAAAAAAAGUCUGUACAUGCUCGAACAACUAGUACAGGAGGAGCACUUCCGGGCUUUCGUGAUUCGCGGUUGUUUGAAUUUGCGCAUGUGGAAUUCAUGGAUAAGGAGGGCCAACUGUACCUCUAUAAAGCCACCACUCAUUCUGUCCGCCAAUGGGAACAGGUCCACUUUGCUCUACCUCACUCCAUCACUCAGUCUCUCGCCAGUGGCACAAUUACAGCAUUACUUGUAUCUUUUGGAGUGAGAGGGAGCAGUAUGGAGAGGUUGAGCAAACUUGGGUUGUUCUUUCGGAAGCAUCAGGUGCCUGUUGGAAGGUGAUAAAGUGGCUAUUGGGGUAGACGGGUUGGUCAGAACCUUUCUCCCCAGGCUGAAGAUAUCAACUAUGAGUGGGCACAGACUUAAGUAUGGAUUACGGACGUAGGAAGAGGAACGCCUUUCGGCUCCAGGUGGAGAAAGUGUACCAAUUGAUCAGCAGUGAAGCCCUGGACUUUGAAGAGGAGCAUCUCAGCAAACGGGCCCGUCAGAGUUAUGACGACAACGGGUCAGAGGUGAUCAUUGACUCUUCGGACAGUGAGGAUUAUCCAGAAUACCCGAAGACAAACGAUAUGAACACGUCGCUGCUGAGCCUUUACCGGAAGACCGAAGGCGAUCACAGUCCGGCUUCAAUAGACAACAGCAGGUUGGGGCGUUCAGCUGCACGGGCAACUGGAGGGUUGCGAAGAGCCUCGGGUGACACAGAGAUAUCCCCGGGGGGCUGGUUCAUGGACCGAACACCAGGGAGCGUUCCCACCACUGGGGAGACUCAGUACAGCUUGCAGGGAGCGGGAGACUCUGGGCUGGAGCCACAGAGGAAGAGUCGGCAUAGUAGGAGUCGACGGAUCAGAGGCCGACACCAGGGACAGGAGACCCCACGUGCUGUGGAUGGGACGAUAGAAGCCACCGUAUUGGACAGGGCAGCCAGGAAGCGAGGUUUUGAGGCACAGCACCCAACGCUGAAGUUUGUGGACAUCGGUGGCAGUGAUGCAACCCUGCAGGAGGUGUGCGAACUCCUCAUCCAUCUGAAACACCCGGAGGUGUUUGAGCAGCUGGGGGUGCAACCUCCCCGUGGGUUCCUGCUGCAUGGGCCUCCAGGCUGUGGGAAGUCUCUGCUGGCCCAAGCCAUUGCCGGGGAGUUGGAACUGCCCCUGCUGAAGGUGGUGGCCACAGAGGUCGUGUCUGGCGUGUCCGGAGAGUCAGAGCAGAAGCUGCGGGAGCUGUUCGAAGAGGCUGUGCUCCAGGCUCCGUGCAUCAUCUUCAUCGACGAGAUCGACGCCAUCUCACCCAAACGGGAGUUUGCCUCGAAGGACAUGGAGCGCCGUAUUGUGGCUCAGUUGCUCGCCUGCCUGGACAAUUUGAACGCCAUGCCUGUCUCCACACAGGUUCUGGUCAUCGGUGCAACCAACCGACCGGACUCUUUGGACCCGGCACUCCGCAGGGCCGGCCGGUUUGACCGGGAGAUCUGCCUGGGCAUUCCCAGCGAAGGAGCGCGGAAGCAGAUCCUGCAGACUCUGUGCCGGAAGAUGAGACUGUCGGAGUCGUUUGAUUUUCAGGAGCUGGCCCGCUUGACGCCAGGGUACGUGGGAGCAGAUCUCAUGGCUUUGUGCCGUGAGGCAGCCAUGAGCGCUGUCAACCGCAUACUGAUCCAGCACAAGAAGCUCGAGUCCCAGGGAUCUGAUACGGGACAGAACAGCAUGGGGCAGCUGCAGGAGACUGAGAUGGAUAAGCUGCAGCGGUUACGGGCUGUGCUUCGGGACCAGGCUCCUCUGCCAGACCAGGAUCUGCAGGAGCUACGGAUAGGGAUGCUGGAUUUCACCGCCUCCCUCUCGCUGGUUCAGCCUUCUGCCAAGCGCGAGGGCUUUGCCACGGUGCCGGAUGUGACCUGGGCCGAUAUCGGAGCACUGGAGGAGAUCCGGGAGGAACUGACCAUGGCCAUUCUGGCCCCUCUCCGACAUUCGGAACAGUUCCGGGUGCUCGGGUUGUCGAGCCCGGCUGGCGUGCUUUUGGCUGGGCCUCCAGGUUGUGGGAAGACUCUGUUAGCCAAGGCAGUGGCCAACGAGUCCGGACUGAACUUCAUCUCGGUGAAAGGGCCAGAGCUGCUUAACAUGUACGUGGGUGAGAGUGAGCGAGCAGUGCGCCAGGUUUUCCAGCGGGCCCGAAACUCCGCCCCCUGUGUCAUCUUCUUCGAUGAACUGGACUCGCUGUGUCCGCGGAGGUCGGAGAAUGAGUCCGGAGCCAGUGUUCGGGUGGUGAACCAACUACUGACGGAGAUGGAUGGACUGGAGGCCAGGAGACAAGUCUUCAUCAUGGCUGCCACCAAUCGCCCUGAUAUCAUCGACCCAGCUGUGCUGCGCCCAGGCCGCUUGGACAAGACUCUGUACGUGGGUUUACCCCCGGCCGCUGACCGCCUCGCCAUUCUGCGCACGCUGACCAAGGGUGGGACUCGCCCUCCCAUGGAUCCCGACGUCGAUCUCUGCGCAAUCGCAAGUGACCAACGUUGUGACUGCUUCACUGGGGCUGACCUAUCGGCACUGGUACGGGAAGCGUCCAUUAACGUUCUGAGGCAGCAGCUCAUGGAGCCAGCUUCUUGUCCAAAACUACAAGUGACACGGCAACAUUUCGAAGCAGCUUUUGAGAAAGUCAAGCCUUCUGUCUCCAAAAAGGAUCAGCUGAUGUACGAGCAACUGCGACAGUCCCUCAGUCGGUGAGAGGAAUUGAUGUUGUGGUGUGAAGCCUGUUGUCUUUGCUGGAGUAGCCCUUACAACCUGGGUCUGAGGAUGGACCCCACAGUAAAUGCCACUGAAAAUACCAAACUCCUCUUUCCCUAUUAAAUAAUGGCACCAGGGUUGAAGACCUGUUUGGAUCUUGCUUUGUAAGUGUCCAAACAACUUUUGUUUCUUUAGGCACGAAUUUAGGAGUGGGAGUUUGUAAUUAAAGGGGUAUUUGGAUUUAAAUUUGUGAUGGGCUGGAGAUGAAAUUCAUCCACAAGAUGAAUUGUAAAGGAUAUUUUGCCAAACCUGGGGGAAGGGUGGGAGGAAAACUAGCUAUGAUGGGACAACAUAUUACUGAAUGCUGCAGAAACCUGCCCGAUUCACUCACUCCCGAUGCACUGUUUCGGGGGGGGGGGGGGGGGGAGGAUAACUUCAGCACGAACUCAAAGUGUAGGCCCAGCUCAAAACACUAUGGGCCAAAGGACCCAAACCAUGUUGUACUAUUCUAAAAAGUAUAAUUGUGCUUGAACAUGACCUUGGUCUGCUCUUGCUAUUCAGACAACUAAUGUGGAGAUCUGCUAUCAGCAGAGUUGGGCCCAAUUUGAUGAUUACUUAGUGUUGUUGCAGCUGCUCAUAUUUUGGCACCACUGCACUGUGCUGCAGGCACUGAGUUACUAAUGCAUUAUCUCACCAUCAGCUGAGAAUAUGGCAGUUUCACUUUGGUUGAAGGAUUUCUUUAAUUACUCUUAGGCUUUUAGUUUUAUUUCUGAUGUUUGCAUCUGGGCUGACAGCAUACUGAGGUCAUCCUCAGUGCUUAUCUGCCACUUCCCCUCCUUCCCGAGCUUACUUCUGAGAUGAAAGUGUAGCAGCUGCUUUGUAACAAUACAAACUGUAGUGAGGUUCAUCUGAAUCAGUGCCAAGAGCUGGCCAUGCUGCAGCCAUCACUUUCUCUUAGCCUGUGUGGAGCCCCCAGUCACAGAUGCCAUAUUAAAGUUUCACUGGAGGAAAAAGACUUCAACUGCUGGGAUCAAGCAUGUAAUGAUUGAGUCCUAGCUGUUGAUUAAAAUUCUGUUGUAUUUGGAAAUCCUGAUGGUUUAGUGCUUUGAGCUGCAAUCCUUUAACCUCAGGGGAAAUUUACUGUAACAUCUAUGUGAAUUAGAAAUACAACUGUGGAAAACACUUUAAAACACCGUACAAUAUUUUGUGCUGUACUUUCUAUCACAGUAUCAACUCUUAAAGGGCAUGACUACCACACAACUUAUACUUUGUACUGUUUGUGAAUCUAUCCAUUAGCUCAGGAUCAACCUAUUUUGCCAUUUCCUUUUCAAUUUCAGACAGCCUAACAUUACAACUGAAAGAUUAGUAUUGAGAUCAAGCUGGGCCUUUUAUCAAUGUCACUAGAUUGGAAGUUUCCAAUAAGAUUUAGUGAGGUUAACUAAUAGGACCUUUGAGGGAUUGAGUAUAAAUAACCCAGGAGUUGCAUUUGACCGAUGUAGUGAUGUUUAGUAUUCACUAGAAUGCUGCAAUCCCAGUAGAGUUUUAAAAAAAUUUGAUCAUGCAAGGAUUUCUUCUGCAACGUAUGUGUAGAUUACAUCUACAUCCAGUUCCUGCUUCCUUGCCUCUGACCAGGAUGUCAAAUUUUCAUCAGUAAUGGACAAGCACCACUCAUAUUAUGCCCAUUGCACAGGCAGGUUUCACUUUACAACAGAGUGAAGUACCGAGGAACAGUGGGUCAGCGACUGAAUGAAGGUCCCAUCCCAUUUACUACUGUUUUCCUCCAGCAGUUUUUGCUCUGCAUUCCAGUAGAGUAUACAGCAUGGAAAAAGGCCUUCAACCCAACUGGAACAUGCCAACCAGUAUCUGCCCAGCUAAUCCCCAUUGCCUGCAGUCUCCCCUCCAUGUACCUAUCCAACUGCAUCAAGUGUUGGAAGAGUGCCAAUCUCACUACUUCCUCUCUACCCAUGAAGUACCUCAUGUCUCUUAAUUCUCUUCCCUCCAACUCUCUGCCUGCUGGUUUUGGACUAUGAUCACCAUACCCAUCACAUCCAAGAAAUAAAGAUUAAUUGUGGCAAACUCAAAUUCCUUCUGCAUCCUUUUCAGCUUGGUCUUCCCUAUAAAUGGAAAAAACUACACAAUACUCCCAGUAACUUAUCGAAGUGUAGCAAGUCCCUACUCCUGAACUCAAUAUCCUGGUUAAUGCUUCACCUCCUCGUACUUACACAGUCCCUUUCAGCAAAUUGCACAUUUGUACUCACAGCUUCCUGUUGUCAGUGGCCAACAAUGAAGCAAUUCUCUAUAAUGUCCUCUUCUCUAGCCUCUCAAGGUCUGGGAAUGCAACUGGUCAGACUUUAUGCAUUUUCCCAGCUCAAUGCAAUUCAAGUCUGCAAAUGCCUCCUGCCUCCAUCACAUGUAAGUAAUUUCUCUAAUCACUUUAGUAUUAUAACUGAAGAAAUGAGAAUUAGUCAUUCCUGCUUGACAAUGCAGCCAGAGUUCACUGAACUUGUUAUCUCUCCCUUCACCAAUAGGAAAAUGCUGACCCUGGAUUCUUGCUUUGGCAGUUUAAAGCCUUUUACUGGUAAAUAGUCACUCUUUUGACCGCAGCUAGGUUCCACCUAACAUCAUAAAACUUCACCCUGCUCAAGGUCAAGACCAACAGAAUUAUGGUCACCCUACUGCCACUUGUUAUUUGCCCUAGCUCCUUCACGUUCUAUGUAUUACAUCUGUCAUCUCACAUUUUCAUCUUUCUACAGAUGCAGAAUAACUACAAACUCAGCUUGAGGUAUUAAAGCUAUUUAUUUUUCCACUGCAAAAUGGAAAACAUUGGGUGGUUUUAACAUUAGAAGCAUCAGUACAAAUACAUGCAAAGUAAACCAAUCAGUGCAGAAACUGAUCCUUGCAGUCAAAACAGGAAGGGGAAGCAGUCAGCAAUCAAUGAGCAAGUUUCCCCACAAGUAUUCUUUGGCUACAGACUCAUUCUUUAGUCAGUUUUAUGAACCAGUAGAUUUUCCCCACACCCACCAAAGGCAGGAAUUUGCCAUUCUCCUUCAUCUCACAUUAAAACCCUGAAAAUGGAGAGUAGAACUGCUGAACUUCAGGAGACUGACUUGGUUAAGUAAGGAGACUUACUUAAACUGGAGGGAAAAUGUGGUUUAAUCCCACCCAAUUCGGAGUUGCCACUGUUAGCAGUAUACCAAUGCCUCUCCUCUACUGCCUCCAGCAACCACUCUGAACAGCCGUUUUUGCCAUUUCUACAACUGUAGACAAACACCAUCCACUUAAGUUGAAGAAUAACAUGAGCUACUGAAACAGGCAACAACCCAGUCAUUGAACUGCUUCAAGUAUAACUGACUCAAAUUCGAGCUCAUAAAGUUAAACUAAAGAAUACUCAGAACCACCUGAAGGGGAGGUGAUCAGAUAUGACCCUUGGCACAGAGGAAAACUCAACCUAACAGACAACAGUUCCACAAUAUAAUUGUCAAAGCUUUCCAUUGCCAAGAUCACCUUUUCCUUUGCCAGACAGACAUCCUGCAGUCACUUAAUUCCCUGAAUUAGUUUCAGCUGAGCAAAAAUAAUUAGCAAACAACACUUUAAUAGACUUAAUAUUGUUAGUGCAUGGUUUGCACAAAGACACUUAAUACAAUGUUCUUGCAAGAUUUGCAAAAACAGCUUAAAUUUGCCCAGCAG